GGGGGUUGACGCCGGAGACUGACGCUAAAUCCCCCGAUUGAAACAGGCCCCACCGUCGGCGGUUACUUGGCCCAAAAUGGCAUGUCCAUCCUGACCAUGUGGAGGAGCUUCUCAUACUACUGUUCUUAUCGCCAGUGCGGCCAGGCGAGCAUGUCUCUAUAUAAAGGGCUGCAAGGCCCUCGCCCAGAAGAAUUGCUCAAGCAGCUCUCUGGACCCGUCUCCUCCUUUCUGUCCUUCAUCUUUUCUACCAUUCACUCAUUCCAAGACCAUGGUGCCUCAUCCGUUUGACCCUGUCACGCCGGAAGAGAUUCGGCUGGCUGUCCGGAUCUUGGAGGCUGCCUUCCCGGGCGUUCCACUUCGAUACAACAGAAUCGAUAUCUCGGAGCCCAUCAAGAAAGAUGUUCUCCCAUAUGUCGAGGCGGAACGGCUGAGAAAGCCUUUGCCACCGAAGCCAGCGCGUCUUUUAUAUUCUUACUUCCACCGCCUUGACAGUGGGGUGUGCUGCAAGACCCUGAUAAACGCAGACAGCAAAUCAAUUAUUUACACGAAGGAACUACCAGAGGGCGUGCAGCCACCGAUGGAUGUCGAUGAACUGGCCGAUAUCGAGCGCAUAUGCAUGGAACAUCCAGCAGUUCAGGCUGAAAUCGAGAAACUCAAAUUGCCACCGGGUAUGUCGGUGUGCAACGACCCUUGGAUGUACGGCACUGAUAACGCCAACGAAAAACGCCGGCUCUUCCAAUGCUUCAUGUACAUGGUCGCAGUCGACCACCCCGAAAAUAAUCAUUAUUCCCUGCCAUGCAAGUUUUGCCCGGUUUUCGACGGUCCCACCAAGAAACUGGUGCGAAUCGACUAUCUUCCGGGUGGUGCAGACACCGCUACCGUCGAGACCCAGCCCUGGAAACCUGUCAAAACGGUUCAGUAUGCACAUGACCUCUUGGAUGAACCACUCCGAACGGACCUCAAGCCGUACAUCGUUCAGCAACCAGAAGGCCCGUCAUUUUCUGCAGAUGGCAACUCUGUUUAUUGGCAGAAGUGGCGAUUCCGCGUAGGGUUCAACAACCGCGAGGGUAUGGUUAUCCAUAACGUGACCUAUGAUAACCGCAAUGUCUUUUAUCGCCUAUCGGUCUCGGAAAUGACCGUCCCUUACGGAGAUCCUCGGGCGCCAUAUCAUCGCAAGCAGGCUUUCGAUGUUGGGGAUGUCGGCUUCGGCCUUAACGCCAAUCAGCUGUCGCUGGGGUGUGACUGUCUAGGCCAUAUCAAAUACUUCAAUGGCUACAGGGCAGAUGCAAAGGGAAAUCCAAUCCUUCUAGAAAAUGUUAUCUGCAUGCACGAACAAGAUAAUGGCCUCCAGUAUAAGCACACAAACUAUAGAACCGGGACUGCCAGUGUUACGCGCAACCGCCAGCUUGUUCUCCAGAUGAUCUGCACCGUUGCAAACUACGAGUAUAUUUUCGCCUACAUUUUCGAUCAGGCGGCCAAUAUCGAGCUUGAAGUUCGGGCGACUGGAAUUCUCUCAACCGUUCCCUUCGACAAUGAGAACGGGCAAACCGUCAGCUGGGGUACAAACGUUGGCCCUGGAGUCAUGGCCCCCUUCCACCAGCACAUGUUCUCUGUGCGAAUCGACCCGGCCAUCGAUGGUUUCAAGAACACUGUCUACUACGAGGAUAGCGUCCCACUUCCUGAAGAUGAAAACAACCCCUACCUUGUCGGUUACACGACCGAGCAAAGUGUCAUCCAGAAGUCCGGUAGCGCGAACACCGACGUCAAUCGCCAUCGGGUCUUCAAAAUCCGCAAUGACAACAUUAUCAACCCCAUCACUUAUAAGCCCAUCGCAUACAAACUCGUAACGGUACCCAGCCAGAUGUUGCUUCUGAGUAAGAAUGCUAUGGGUUAUCGUCGGGCCGAGUUUGCCAGCAAACCCAUUUGGGUCACCAAAUACCAGGACGACGAAUUGUUCGCAGCCGGCGAGUUCACCAACCAGAGCACCAAGGCCCACGGCGUUGAGACCUGGGUGCAACGGAAUGACAAGACUGAGGAUGAAGAUGUGGUUCUAUGGCACUCAUUCGGCCUGACGCAUAACCCCCGGAUUGAAGAUUUCCCCGUGAUGCCAAUGGAGCGGAUCAGCAUGAUGUUGCGACCUGACGGGUUCUUCACCAAAAACCCGGCGUUGGAUGUGCCCCCGUCUACUCAGUCUUUCAACAAAUCCACCCUCCACAAGGAACCGGAGAAAGCCGCCGCUUCAUGCUGCUCUAGUGCUGGGGGCAACAAGGCUAAGCUCUACAAGCGAGUCGACUAGUAACCUUUCACCAGUCACCAAUCUGUUCAGCAGACUAUCAGCUUGUAUUCAUUGGCUCUUUUUUUUUAUGACGAACAUGUGACACAGCGAAGUCCUUCUCUUAUUGUAUAUAGUACCAGAAAAUAAAGGAACCAGAUAUGGUAG